AUGGUAUAUAAGUUGGAAGGAGUCCGAAUAAAAUUUGGCUUCAGUCCUGAUCAGACUGUUCCCAGAAGAACUGCCUCCGAGUGGUCUCUUCUCUCCGUCCAGAUUCUCCAGCCGCGCCACCACCUCGGGGUUGGCGUCGCUGAGCGGCGCUGGCCCCUGGGGCUCGGGCUGCUGUGGUUGCACUGCGCCCCGCUGACCCCGGGGGUGCGCGCCAAGGAAGUGACUCUGAUGGACACGAGCACCGCACAGGGCGAGUUGGGCUGGCUACUGGAUCCCCCAGAGGAUGGGUGGAGUGAGGUGCAGCAGAUGUUGAAUGGGACACCCCUUUACAUGUACCAGGACUGCCCACUGCAAGAACGUGGAGACACUGACCACUGGCUUCGCUCCAAUUGGAUCUACCGGGGGGAGGAGGCCUCCCGUGUCCAUGUGGAGCUGCAGUUUACUGUGCGAGACUGCAAGAGUUUUCCUGGGGGAGCCGGGCCUCUGGGCUGCAAAGAGACUUUCAACCUUCUGUACAUGGAGAGUGACCAGGAUGUGGGCAUUCAGCUCCGGCGGCCCUUGUUCCAGAAGGUGACCACAGUGGCCCCAGACGAGAGCUUCACCAUCCGAGACCUCGCCUCCGGCUCCAUGAAGCUGAACGUGGAGCGCUGCUCCCUGGGCCGCCUGACUCGCCGCGGCCUCUACCUGGCUUUCCACAACCCCGGUGCCUGUGUGGCCCUGGUGUCGGUCCGGGUCUUCUACCAGCGCUGUCCUGAGGUCCUGCACGGCUUGGCCCGAUUCCCUGACACUCUCCCCGGACCCACUGGGUUGGUGGAAGUGGCGGGGACCUGCCUGCCCCAUGCACGGGCCAGCCCCGGGCCCUUGGGUGCACCCCGCAUGCACUGUAACCCCGAUGGUGAAUGGCUGGUGCCGGUGGGACGGUGCCACUGUGAGCCUGGUUAUGAGGAAGGCAGCGGCGGCGAGAAAUGUGUUGCCUGCCCCAGUGGCUUCUACCGAACUGACAUGGACACACUCCAUUGUCUCACAUGUCCCCAGAACAGCACAGCCGAGUCCAAGGGGGCCACCAUCUGCACUUGUGAAAGCGGUCACUACAGAGCUUCUGGGGAGGGCCCCCAGGUAGCAUGCACACGUCCUCCCUCAGUUCCCCAAAACCUCAGCUUCUCUGCAUCGGGGACUCAGCUCUCCCUGCGUUGGGAACCCCCAGCAGAUAUGGGGGGACGCCAGGAUGUCAGAUACAGUGUGGGGUGUUCCCAGUGCCAGGGCACAGCUCAGGACGGGGGGCCCUGCCAGCCCUGUGGGGGAGGUGUGCGCUUCUCUCCGGGAAACCAGGGGCUCACCCUGCCUGCAGUGCGUGUCGAUGGCCUGGAACCUUAUGCCAACUACACCUUUAACGUUGAAGCCCUAAAUGGAGUAUCAGGGCUGGGCAGCUCCGGUCCUGCAAGCGCCUCACUCAGCAUCAGCAUGGGGCACGCAGAGUCACUGUCAGGCCUGUCUCUGAGGCUGGUGAAAAAAGAACCGAGGCAGCUGGAGCUGAGCUGGGCAAGGUCCUGGCCUCGCAGUCCCGGGGGAAACCUGAGCUACGAGCUGCAUGUGCUGAACCAGGACGAAGAGUGGCACCAGAUGGUUCUAGAACCCAGGGUCUUGCUGACAGAACUGCAGCCAGACACCACCUACAUCGUCAGAGUCCGCAUGUUGACCCCACUGGGCCCUGGCCCUUUCUCCCCCGACCAUGAGUUUCGGACCAGCCCACCAGUUUCUAGGGGCCUAACUGGAGGAGAGAUUGUGGCCGUCAUCUUUGGGCUGCUGCUUGGUAUAGCCCUGCUGCUCGGGAUUCUUGUCUUCCGCUCAAGGAAAUCUCGGCGGCAGCGGCAACAGAGGCAGCGUGAUCAUGUCACUGAUGUAGAUCGAGAGGACAAGCUGUGGCUGAAGCCCUACGUGGACCUCCAGGCAUAUGAGGACCCUGCGCAGGGAGCCCUGGACUUCACCCAGGAGCUUGAUCCAGCCUGGCUGAUGGUGGACACUGUCAUAGGGGAAGGAGAGUUUGGGGAAGUGUAUCGAGGGACCCUGAGACUCCCCAGUCAGGACUACAAGACUGUGGCCAUUAAGACUUUGAAAGACACGUCCCCAGAUGGCCAGUGGUGGAACUUCCUCCGAGAGGCAACUAUCAUGGGCCAGUUCAACCACCCACACAUUCUGCAUCUGGAAGGCGUUGUCACAAAAAGAAAGCCUAUCAUGAUCAUCACAGAGUUUAUGGAGAACGGAGCCCUGGACGCCUUCCUGAGGGAGCGGGAGGACCAGCUGGUCCCUGGGCAGCUGGUGGCCAUGCUGCAGGGCAUAGCGUCUGGCAUGAACUACCUCAGUGAGCACAGUUAUGUCCACCGGGACCUGGCCGCCAGGAACAUCUUGGUGAGUCAGAACCUAUGCUGCAAGGUAUCUGACUUUGGCCUGACUCGCCUCCUGGAUGACUUUGACGGCACCUACGAAACCCAGGGAGGAAAGAUCCCCAUCCGCUGGACAGCCCCUGAAGCCAUUGCCCAUCGGAUCUUCACUACAGCCAGCGACGUGUGGAGCUUUGGGAUUGUGAUGUGGGAGGUGCUGAGCUUUGGGGACAAGCCCUAUGGGGAGAUGAGCAAUCAGGAGGUCAUGAAGAGCAUUGAGGACGGGUACCGGCUACCUCCUCCCGUGGACUGCCCAGCCCCGCUGUAUGAGCUUAUGAAGAACUGCUGGGCAUAUGACCGUGCCCGCCGGCCCCACUUCCACAAGCUGCGGGCACAUCUGGAGCAACUGCUCGCCAACCCCCACUCCCUACGGACCAUCGCUAACUUUGACCCCAGGGUGACUCUUCGCCUGCCCAGCCUGAGUGGCUCAGACGGGAUCCCUUAUCGAAGCGUCUCUGAAUGGCUCGAGUCCAUCCGGAUGAAACGCUACAUCCUGCACUUCCGCUCGGCAGGGCUGGACACCAUGGAGUGUGUGCUGGAUCUGACGGCCGAGGACCUGACACAGAUGGGAAUCACACUGUCUGGGCACCAGAAGCGCAUUCUUUGCAGUAUUCAGGGAUUCAAGGACUGA